AUGCGAUUGAGAAUCAAGCCCAGGCUGCAGCAGGAGAAGUGGAGCCUGUAUUGGAAGACGUCGAUGGCGACGAGGACGUUCGCUUUGGACGAGUUCGAUUUGGACGUGGACGAGCUCAAGAUGACGGCUCGAGAGUUGAAGGCGAUGGUGAUGGAACGCGUGGGGCUGCCGUCGGUGGACACGCUGCAUCGAUUGGAGGAAUUCGUUGAGCCGUGGGAGCUCAUCAUGUACAACGGUCGAGAGUUGGAGGAUAAGAAGACGCUCGCGGCGAGCGGCGUCCCGUCGGAGGAUGGCGCAUACAUCAUUGUGGUGAGAAAACAGCUCAUCGCCGAGGGAUGGAAACUGAAUUUCGAUGAUGACGAGGACUCCGACACCGAAGAGGAUGACUUUUAA